GCGGCGCUUGUGUGAAGCCAGCCACCUCUUCUUUUCUUUCCUGUCGUCCUCCUCCUCAUCCCAGGAGGGACCGCUAUGGUUGCGCAACUGCUUCCUUUGCCGGUGAGAGAAGGAGAGUGAGAUUAUUCACUGCCAUAUCUGAGGACAUGUCAUACAUGAUUAUUUUUAAUCAUCAGAUGAUAACAGAGAGAGGUUCAGAGAUCAUCCUAAUGUGUGCUUUUGCUGGAUUAUUGCUCUAGACUACUGAAAUGGCAUAGAUCUGUGGGAUCCUUGAACUGGGAGGUGCUUAUGCUAAAAAGCUUUCUCUGUCUGCAGAUUAUGCAAUAUACUUCUUUAAAAAAUCAGGAUGCUGGAUGUUGGGAAAUGGCCAAUAUUUGCUCUCCGCUCUCAAGAGGAGCUGAAGUUAAUUCGUCAGGCUUGUGUAUUUGGCAGUGCUGGCAAUGAAGUAUUAUAUGCAACUGAAAAUGAUGAGGUUUUUGCACUUGGCACAAACUGCAGUGGCUGUUUGGGGAUUGGUGAUACACAGAGCAGCAUUGAACCCCGAAGAUUAGAUAUUUUAUGUGGUAAAAAAAUAGCCUGUCUCAGCUAUGGAAGUGGGCCUCAUGUUGUUGCAGCUACUACUGAAGGAGAAGUGUAUACCUGGGGUCAUAAUGCUUACAGCCAGCUGGGAAAUGGAACAACCAAUCAUGGUUUAGUUCCUUGCCAAGUUUCCACCAACUUGGUAAACAAAAAGGUGAUUGAAGUUGCUUGUGGCUCACAUCAUUCUAUGGUGUUAACAUCUGAUGGUGAGGUGUAUACAUGGGGCUAUAAUAAUUCGGGGCAAGUCGGAUCUGGCUCAACAGCCAACCAGCCAAUUCCUCGAAGAGUUACUAGCUGUUUACAGAAUAAAAUAGCAGUAAAUAUUGCUUGUGGCCAGAUGUGCUCAAUGGCUGUGGUAGAGAAUGGGGAGGUUUAUGUCUGGGGUUACAAUGGCAAUGGCCAGCUUGGACUGGGCAACAGUGGCAACCAACCAACACCCUGUAGAAUAGCAGCGUUGCAAGGCAUUCGUGUACAACAGGUUGCUUGUGGCUAUGCACAUACGUUAGUCCUAACAGAUGAAGGUCUGUUGUAUGCAUGGGGAGCCAAUUCUUAUGGCCAGUUAGGCACUGGCAAUAGAAGUAAUCAGUCCUACCCUGCACCAGUCACUGUGGAUAAGGACAGAAUCCUAGAGAUUGCUGCAUGUCACUCUGCUCAUACUUCUGCUGCUAGAACCCAGGGCGGUCAAGUGUACAUGUGGGGUCAGUGCCGGGGACAGUCUCUCACUCUUCCACACCUCACCCACUUCGCCUGCACUGAUGAUGUCUUUGCUUGUUUUGCUACUCCUGCGGUGACAUGGCGUCUCCUCUCCGUAGAACCUGAUGAUCACCUAACAGUAGCUCAAUCACUAAAGAAGGAAUUUGACAACCCAGAUACUGCAGAUAUGAGGUUUCAAGUGGAUGGAAAAUAUAUUAAUGUUCAUAAAGUCCUUCUCAAAAUUCGGUGUGAGCAUUUCCGUUCAGUACUUAACAACAAUAAUGAUGAAAUUAUAGAAAUAAGUGAAUUCUCGUAUCCUGUUUACCGAGCAUUUCUGGAAUAUCUGUACACUGACAGCAUCAGUCUUUCACCUGAGGAUGCAAUAGGUCUGCUGGACUUGGCCACAUUCUAUCGAGAGAAUCGACUGAAAAAGCUUUGCCAGCAAACUAUCAAGCAGGGCAUUUGUGAGGAGAAUGCAAUUGCCCUUCUUUCAGCUGCAGUCAAGUAUGAAGCUAAGGACUUAGAGGAGUUUUGCUUCCGGUUUUGCAUAAACCAUCUGACUGUGGUUACUCAGACUUCAGGCUUUGCAGAAAUGGACCACGACCUCUUGAAAAACUUCAUUAGCAAAGCCAGUCGGGUGGGAGCAUUUAAAAACUGAAGGAUUCUUUGUGUAUACAUGAAGAAAGGUGCCUUCCACAUGGCUGCUUGUGCCUCUGAACCUGAAGUGCCAAGAUACUGCCUGGAUGGAGAGGCACCUCAAGUUCAAAUGAGUGCAGUUUGGCUUCAUAACUUCAGAACAUAGCCAUCAACUUUGUGGGUUGAGACGCCAUGCAACUGAACUAAAACCAAUUACUGAUAAUUAAAUAUUUAUACAAAACAGCUUAUCAGCGAUUUACCUUGUCCCUCUUAAUAUUCGGAUCUGUCUAGAACAUUCCUUCUUGUCAUUACUUGUGCUGCUUUGGAAAAAAUUAUUUUUUGCUCUUUGUUUAGUUGUUGUGUUUGUUGUUUGAUUACAAACCAUGAAGUUAGCUAUGUCUUGCUGAAGUUGCAUUAGCAGCAUAUAAAACUAAAGUAGAAGUAUCCACAAGAAGAAUCUAGUAAAUAAGCAGUUACCCUUAUAGAAGCUGUAAAAGGAAAACAGAGGGAUCCCCCUACUUCUGACCCACCUCAUUGGGUUCAAAGAGCACUGGAUCAUGAUCUUUGUUCAACAUGGAAAUAAUAAUGUCCUGAUUGAAGAGCUAAGCCGUAUUCACACUCUGAAUCACAUAGAUUGGCUCUAAAAUGCUUUUUUAAGCCCUUGUAUGUAUACUACUUUGUUGCUGGACCUUUGAGAAAGCUGCACAACAAAGUAUCCCAAGAUAAAUUCAAAAGGGGUAGCUGUUUUAGUCUGUUACAGCAAACCCAACUAAUAAUUUGUGGCACAAGCUUUCAUAAGCCAGUGUGGUGUAGUGGUUAGAGUGCUGGACUAGGACCAGGGACCCGUGCUCGAAUCCCCAUUCAGCCAUGAUACUAGCUGGUGACUCUAGGCUAGUCACUUCUCUCUCAGCCUAACCUACUUCACAAGGUUGUUGUGAGGAAAAACUCAAGUAUGUAGUACACCGCUCUGGGCUCCUUGGAGGAAGAGUGGAAUAUAAAUGUAAUAAAUAAUAAAUAAAUAAAUAAGCCGGAGCUUGCUUCAUCAAAGGAACUCAGAAAAUUCCCUGUUCUAGGUCCAGGCCACUAGUUAGAAAUUUGAAGAACCCAUGAGAUUAACAACCUGUGUAUAAAUUUCUCUUUCUCUCUUAUUUUACCUUCAUCCGCCAUUCAAUUGAACAGAAACCUUAGUGGAGAUUUCCCCUUUUUUGUUUCCAGUGGCUGCUCUUUAUGCUGCCCACAGAAUUCUAGAAUAGAUUAAACUCAGACAGCUACUAAUGUCAGAAUUUCUCAAAAAUAAGUAUGAAAAAUGUGAGAGAGGACAUUGUACAAGAAUUAACUUGAAUUAGUACACGCUGUCCAGCAUCUCUAUGGAGCCACUCGGUAUGAGCCCCCUUUAGAACAUGCAUACAGAAGCUCACUGAGUCAGUGCUGAACAAUGUUUGUUCUGCACUUAAGGAGAAAACAUUCUUCAAGAAUAAAGAGGAGGAUGGGAGGAACAAUUUAGCUUCACUAGAAGCCCAAAGAAAGAGGAUGUGACAAAAAUGUGAAAGAACUUGUUUAUGGAAGGACUCCCCAGCAGCUCCCCUGCUCCCAUCUUUCCCUAUGAGAGCAGGGUUGCUGCAGCUCUGACGCAUUCCUUAAGAACCACAGAAUUUCUCUGUGUCCAAGAGCCAAGACAUAAGGCAUUUCUGUGCCCUUGGCAAAGUCUGAAAAUUAUAUCCCCAGCAUAAAUCUGAAGUAUUCAGUUUUACCUCUCAAAAACAGUCCCUGACUUCUGCCCGAGAUUCUGCCCAACUUGUCGCCAACUGAAAUUGGGUGGAGCAUCUCAGGCAGAAGUAGGGAACCGCCGUGGGGACCAGAGGUUGGCAGACUACAUGUCACCAGAAGCAUGCACUCCUUGAAAGCUCCAUAUAUCUUCAGAGCCUCAUGUGAACCAGCUCUAUAAAUAACAGGGUACUGCUAUCUCUGUAUGGCUUUCUUGAGAAGCAGUCAGAUUGUGCAUGCAUUUCAGGCUGCAGGAUUAGUGAAUUAGUGUUGAAAGGAGAGUGGGACUCUUGUUUUGCACUGUAGCUACGUCCUACGUAAUGGUUUGGGUAGCCCCUUGCUCCCCCACACCACAAAUCGCCAAAUAUCUAUGUGGUACUGUCCACUGAAAGGCUUUGGCCUUUCAUUUAAAGGCUGUGAUGAAGCAUUGCAAAAUAUAUGCCAUGGAAGGAGGAAUUUUCUGAUUUAAAAAAUGUUUAUAAAGUAUAACACAAAAUUGUCACUUGUUGCACCCUUAUUCCUUAUUCCAAAGCAGUGGUGACGUGCUUUGGACUCAUACAGAGCCAGCACUCUUCUGUUGGUAGGGUGCUGAGCUGUAUGUAAACCAUUUCUCUUUUAAAAUAGAGAUAUCUAUAUCAGGUGGUAUAUACAUAUGAUAAAGAAUAAAUAAAAUACAAAAAUCACAUCAAAACAUAGCUGUACAGGAUUAACACAAUGUUAAAACAAAUUGCUAGAUUAUCUGUUGUGCAAAUUUAGAUCCCUUUUGAAUGUUGCCAUACAAUAUUAUAGAUUUAAGAUUAGAUCGAUGCAUUAAUUUUCAUAAAAACCUUAAGUGGUCCUGCUUGCUAAAUUAGGUUAUCAGCUCUUUGCAUUUGAAUAGGGAGGAGAGCUGGUCUUGCAGUAAGCAAGCAUGAAUUGUCCCCUUUGCUAAACAACUGUCCUGGGUUGCAUUUGGAUGGGUGAGCACUGGAUGCAUUUGGAUGCUUGUGAGCACUGUGUGCUGUAAGAUAUAGAGGAUGAAGCCGUAGCUCAAUGGUAGAGCAUCUGUUCACAUGCAGAACAUCCCAGGUUCACUCCCUAGCAUCUCCAGGUAGUGCUGGGAAUGACUCCUGCCUGAAACCUUGAAGAGCCACUUCCAGUGAGUGUAGCCAAAACUGAGCUAGAUGGACCAGUGGUCUGACUCUAUAUAAAGCAGCUUCCUGUGGUCCUAACCUGCUCAAAGAGCCCCACUUCAAUAUUUACAUGAACUUGGCUCCCUAAUAAAUGAUUCCCAGAUGUUGCCAAAGAUUAAAAGAACUCCAAAAGUUUUUGCUAAUAUCAAAUUGUAUCCUACUUUUAACUUUUAUCCUACUUUGGAAAGUAAGCUUGAGAUAUCUCGCAUUCUGUGUGUGCGCGCGUGUGCGUGUCCAUCCAUGUAUCCCCCUCCACUCCCAAACUUGGCAAUGCCUUGACUAAUAUGAACCAAAUUGGGUACAAUUGUAGAGACACGUCAACAGCCGAGUUUGUGAUGUCAUCCACCCUAAUUCAAAAUGGCAGACAUGUGAACGUUUAAGGCUGAAGUGGACUAACUGGUGAGGAUGGUAAUUAUCCAUUAAGAUUAUAGUGAAAGGAAAAUAGGCAGAUUAGUUCUUACUAGAACAAUGCGUUAUCCAUGGAAAUCAAUUCUCCUGAAGCGUGUGUGUGUGUGUGUGUGUGCGCGCGUGCGCACACAGACACACACAUCAGGAGGAGAUCUAGGAUACCAUCUCACAGUAAGGAUUAAAACAUCUCUGUCCUGUAAAAAUAUAAGAAUUCUAGUAGUACCUCUCUCUUUUGUACUGAAGGUGCAAAAUGAUCUUAGUAUCAGCUCGUCUUGUGUACUCUGCAUUAAGACGAAGGAAGAAUGUGUGACACCUACUUGAUUACAUAAUGCAAUAAAGUCCUUUGAACAAUUGUAUGCACACUGUAACAUCUUGUGUGCCAGAUAACUAGAUACUUUAUUAUUUAUAUCUGACAGCCUCUUCCUCCUCUUAACGUUUGAGAUAUGGUACCAUCCCUUAUUUUGUCUUGUGUUGGUGAGACACCUGGGCUCUCUGGUGUCUAGUAAUCUUCUUUAUGGAUCCUGUAGUGUAUGUAUCAGAUACCAGAUGAACUUCAUCAUAUCUCCAAAACUUUUGCUGCAGUUUUGCAGUGAAGCCCUCAGGCAUAUUCUGGAAAGUAUUUUGUACAUACAUUGGUUUUUCAGUAGCCCGUACUUCUGCCAUACCACCUAUGAUGGCUCAACAACAGACUUAUUGGAGAAACAAUUGGUUCUAUUGUCUCUUGGUGUUUGAUUUGGAAGAGACUUUAAAAUGUUAAUUAAUUGACUUUUUGACUGACAUGGAUGCCUUAUUCCAUCUGCUUGGAACAUGGAUCGUAGUUGAUUCAUAUUGAUUCAUAGUGGCCCAAAGUGUUAUAUAAAUUGAUAUCAUGCUGUGAUCUUGUAAUAACAACAAAACAUGCAAAGAGUGAACAGUUUGCAAUUAACUUUGUAAUAGUACUUGCUACCUUUACUUUAAGUUUCUUCUUGGUAGUUGAACAUAGUUUUACUUAUUCAUUCUUGUUUGGUACCUAUAAAAUUGACGGUUCUUUGAUAAGUCUGUUCAUUUUAAAAUCUUCAUACCAUAUUCUCCCGACAGCAUAAGAACACAAGAACAGCCCUGCUGGAUCAGGUCCAAGGCCCAUCUAGUCCAGCAUCCUGUUUCACACAGUGGCCCACCAGAUGCCGCUGGAAGCCACAGGCAGGAGCUGAGGGCAUGCCUUCUCUCCUGCUGUGACUCCCCUGCAACUGGUACUCAGAGGCAUCCUGCCUUGGAGGCUGGAGGUGGCCUAUAGCCCUCCAUCAAUUCAACAGACAUCUUUUGCAAUGACAUCACUAAAAACAGCCUUUAUCACCAAGUUAAUAAGAUCACAUCUUUCAUAUGGAUUGUCAGCCCUUUUCAGUUCAGCAUAUGACUUUGAGAUUGUCUUUUCUUGGCUGGUGAUGAAGCUGAGAAUCUGCUUCUUGACUCGGAUGAGCUUGACAUUCCAGCCGUUUGUAAAAUUUCCUCCACAAGCACCGGGGCAGUGAGAAGACAAUGUUAAGAGCCUUAUGAUGUUGGAUGAUGCCCAGCAACCUUAUAGCUUUCUUUUGGUUUUCUAGUGUGGGGUCCUGAAUGUGGUACUGGCGGAUUCCUGCCCAAUGCCUUGGACAUUGGCCUAUGACAUCCACAGGGUUCGGUCUUUUCUCAUGUGCUCUUUAAUAUCUAUAUGAAACUGGGUGAAGUCAUCUGGGGGUUUGCCAUCUGUGCUAUCCCCACCUGCAGAAGUGAUUUGACAUCCUUAACCAGAGUAGUGUUUAGAGGCAGUGAAAGGCUGCAUAUGGGCUAAGGAGCUGAAAAUAAAAUCCAGGCGAGAUGGGAAAAAGCCCUCCAGGCUAUGACAGGUACCGAACAUCCAGAUACAAAGCUGGGUCCAGGAGCACUCCCAGCCUGCACAUGUAUUCCUUCAAAGGAAUGCAACCCUCUCAAAAACAGGCUGAUAAACUAUUGCCAAAUCAUCAGUUCUUCUGAUCAAGAAAGUCUACAUCUAAACAAAUGUACCCCUUCUGUCAGAAACCUUCAGCUCGGGUACCCCAGAGAGAGAGAGAGAGAGAGAGUGUGGGUGGGUGGGUGUGCGCGUGUGCUCAUGUGUGUUGGAGGCUUUUCCAGCAAUAAAUUAUUGUUGCACUUUUCUUUCUUUCCAUUCUCUCUCAAAUCUUUUGGAAAAUUGUAGGCAAUGAAGUCUAUUAUACAAUACAGUAAUUCAGUUGUUGAAGUACUGAUCAAGUGGUAGGUUGCUAUUCCUUUUUAAAUACUCUUUAUUUUGGUAUUUUCACAAUACAAAAAGGUUGCCAAGCAAGAACAGUAAUUAUCAAUUAUUUCAACUAAUGUAUAUUCUAUUUGCAUAUCAAUAAGGUAUUUGUUUUAUUUUAAUAAAUGAGGAUGGGUUUCAAACAUUCUGGUUUAUUGUGUAUUUUAGAUUUGUCGAUAUAAUUCUAGAAAGAUAUCCAACAUAAUAAAAGGUCAUUUUUAAAUUGGGGGUUGAUGUAUUUUUUUUAUUUGUAAAUAGAUUUUGUCCAUAUUUAGCAUGUCCCAAAUUUUAUUAAACCAAUCUUUGAUCAAUGGCGUUUUUCUCUUUUUCCCCCAUCCUUUGGUUCUUACUAAUUUAGCUGCCAUCAGGAUGACUGCAAUUAAUUAAUUGCAACUUGUUGAAAGGGAAACAUUUUGUGGGGCCCCAAGUAUAAAGACGAUUUGAUCUAAUGGUAUAGAAAGACCGAGGAUAUUGUUAUGUAUUGCCAUAUGUUUUCCCAAAAUAAUUUUAUCUAGGAUGUUCGCACCAUAAAUGAAAAUAGUUGCCUCUUCUCCCGCAUUCCCUCUGUAUGUUGAUGGACAAUUUGGAUGAUCAUAAUUCAAUAGUGUUGGGGUACAGUGCCAUCUAGAUAUGAAUGAAUAGCUUUAUUGCGCUCAUUGAUCAUCUGAUGUACAUACAAACAAAUACUACUACAUUCUGAUAAGAAUUCAAUCAUACAAAGUACACCAACAUAGAAGCCUCUUGUAGCGGCAUCGAGAAAGUAGGGCUAGAAGUUAGCUGUUGGUGGAUUUUAACAGCAGCCACACAAAAUUUGGCAACAUUGCACGUGAUAAAAGGUUUCUUCUCUGCAAGGAGCGUGGAAUAAAAAUCAGCAGUUUGGCCGGGAAAGUGUGUGCCAUCUAGAUAGUAUUUUGAAGCUAAGUUCCUGUUUAUUCAGAGACAUGGUGUUAAGGGUUCUUGAUUACCAUAUUAGGUCCCAUUAAUCCUUGUCUAUAUUUUUGCUGGUGUUGUAUGACCACUUGUCCAUCUACAAUUUUUUUUUUGUUCCAAUUUUCUUUGUUUAUCAACUUGUAAAAUUUAAAAACUUAAGUCCUUGUUUAUGAAGUGCCCUUGGAAUAAAAGAUUUUCAAAGACA